ACAAAUCGCAGGCCGUAUUCCAUGCAAAAACAUCGGGUCUGUUGCUCGCGGAGACCACAUGGUGGGCCAAGGACACAUAGGCUAAAUGCACCUUCAGCAGGUUGCCAGCUGGAAUGAAGUAGAUGGGAGAAUCCAAGAACAUGGUGCUGAAUGGCAGGAGACAUGGCAGCAGGUUCUCUAGCCAUCAGCCCUCCAACAAAGCUAGGACGCAGCAUGCCCACCUGCGUCAAGCGAAGGGGACCCCUGGCAGUAAAAGAUCCAGCCGACGGUAUGGAAAUGCCUCUGUUGACAUGGAGCGCCGGCAUGUUCCAGCCUCUGGAAUGACCGCCAAGGAGUUGUGUGAAUAUGAUGACGUGAGCACCAGCCUGAUCUUGGACCCUUACCUGGGCUUCCAGACGCACAAGAUGAACACCAGGUUUCGGCCUCUCAAGGCAUCCAGACUAGUGGAACUGAAGGGUAUGAUUGAGAGUUACAAAAAGCACGAUGACAUAGAGAAAGCCUUUCAAGCAUUGACAUCAGGAGAUGGGACAAAACCUUACUUUCCAAAUAAGAACAAGACCCAGGAAAAACUCUUCAAAGAACAUGUACAUGUUUAUCUGCGCAUGUUCGCCACAGACAGCGGCUUUGAAAUUUUGCCGUGUAACCGGUACUCUUCAGAACAAAACGGAGCCAAAAUUGUAGCAACAAAGGAAUGGAAGAGGAAUGAUAAGAUUGAAUACCUGGUGGGCUGCAUCGCUGAGUUGACAGCCGCGGAGGAGAGGUUGCUGCUUCGGCAUGGGGAAAACGACUUUAGCGUCAUGUACUCCACACGAAAGAACUGUGCACAGCUUUGGCUGGGACCAGCGGCCUUCAUCAACCAUGAUUGUAGGCCAAAUUGCAAGUUUGUUUCAACGGGUCGUGCAACUGCCUGCGUUAAGGUUCUAAGGGAUAUCGAACCAAGGGAAGAGAUCUCAUGUUACUAUGGAGAUGGAUUCUUUGGGGAAAACAACGAAUUCUGUGAAUGCUACACUUGUGAACGGCGUGGCACAGGGGCAUUCAAAACAAAACCAGGGCUGUCGAUGGAGGCUCCAGUUAUCAACAGCAAGUAUGGCCUGAGGGAAACAGAUAAACGACUCAACAGGCUUAAGAAGAUGGGGGAGGGAAACAGAAACUCUGACGGCCAAUCAGCACACUCCAGUGUGGACACAGAUUCUCAGGAAACGCCUAACUCACACCCAUCUUUAAGGAAGAGGACAUCCCAGUCUAGUGUUAAAAAGUCAACAAGGCAAUCCUUGUUCAGCACUCCAGCACCUACCUCAUCCUCCAAACUACGUUCCCCAGACUGCUCCAGUUUACCAAAGAGACUAAUAUCAAAGCCUGCCAAGACGCCUUUGCUUAAAUUAAGGACACAUUCUCAAGGGCCAGUGGCAAAGUCCACUAACCGAACAGCUGCCGUCAGUCACAAGGACACUCCCAAGAGGGACACCAUACGUCGCGGUUCAGCACAGGGGUUGGCUAUCAAGGGCAGCUCCGCUCGUAAGGCGGCAAAGGAAAACAACAAUCAGAGCUUGCCAAAAGGCACCAGAGCUCGCAAGGACCACUUGCCCUUGUCAUACAGGACUCGAAGGUCAACCAGGACCUCCAUCAGCUCUGAGGAGAAUGCUGGCAGUGGCGGAGGUUUUUAUGGACAUGGUUCCUCCCCUAGCCAGAGCUCACCCCAGGGCGAGGUGGUUCCUAAAUCGGAGGUGACGAAGGAGGACCACAAGGGCACACUUGGCCCCCAGCAGGUGAACAUGCCCAGUCUGGAGGCACACUGCCCACGCAAGGGCACAUGCCCGCGCCGCAGGCGGACGCCCAAACUAGAGGAGAGCGGGGCGCCGUACGGCGAGGCCUUCCUCCAGGACGGCGUGACGGACCUGCGGCACGCUGACGUGGCUGACUGCGGGAAGGUUCAGCUGGGUCUCCCCGGCCGGCACCAGAACCAGAACUCGAACUCGAACCAGCACCAGCAGCAUCAGCAGCGGAACGGCAACAAAGCUGCAAAGCUCCUGCGGCGAGGCAAGGGGAAGAAGAAGCGCCGCAUCACACGAUACGAUGCUCAGCUAAUCCUGGAGAACAGCACAGGUAUCCCCAAGCUGACGCUGCGCAGGAGGAGGGACAGCAGCAGCAGCAAAGCCGAGCCAGGGGAGGUGGAGACUCUCGGAGCCUGCAGUGGAGGAGGAGGUGGAAGCUCCUCCUCAUCUAAAAUCAGCAUUAAGUUCAGCCAGGACCAUGAGAAGGAGCGUGGUGGUAGCGGAGGAGGAGGAGGAGGAGGAGGAGGUGGGUACGCUUCCUCGAAACUCAACAACGGCUACGGCCACACUGGGCACAACAGCGCUACCAAGUUAAAGAUCCAGCUGAAGCGCGAGAAGGCCGGCAGAGGGCCGCUGCCGCGGGCGUACGGCGACGACGUCACUUUCACGGGCAUCGUUAAGCGGGAGGCAGGUGAGGUGCUGGAGCAUCAGCCAGGCGGCCACAGCAUGACAGGCAUGGGGGAGGACUUGCUGUCGUCAGAGGAGGAGGAGGAGGAAGAGGAGGAGGAGGAGGAAGAAGAAGAUGAGGAAGAAGAGGAGGACUACUUUGACAACGAAGAGUUUGAGGAUGACUUCAUCCCUCUCCCACCAGCGAAACGCCUACGGCUCAUCGUGGGCAAGGACUCGAUAGAUAUUGACAUUUCCUCCCGACGGAGAGAGGAUCAGUCCCUCAGACUCAAUGCGUAAGCUGAAAUGGGUGUGUUUGCGGGUAGGGGCUGGAGAAUGAAACUAUUGUUUCAAUCAUGUAUUUGUUUAUUUGAAUCAUGUUGUUGAAGUGGGCUUGUAAAAACAAACAAAAAAAAAUAUUGAAAAAUCAAAACUGUAAUUGUAAUUGACACAAAUGAAUCGUAGUAAUGGCACUUCUCGAUUGGUUCUUUACCGUGAAUUAUAAAUAUUGUAGAAAGUGUACAGGUAUGUAUUCAUCUCUGAUAAUGUGCAGAUCAUUUUGUUAGCGUUCAUUAAGCUUUAUCAUGUGCAAUUCUUAUCAAAUGACCUGAGUUCUUUCCCAUGUGGUUUAAAGACAAGGUUGAGGAUUACUCGUACUCAUACACCAAGAUACUUUUUUAACAGACACAUGCAUGAAUUCACCCCAAAACUAAUCAUUGACUCAAGGGUUUUGUGGCUGUGUCUACAUGUACAUAUAUUAGUAUAUCAUUCAAGUGGCAAAGGAAGCUAUAGGGAAAAUUACAACACAUGCAUAUAGUUUAUGGAACAUCUUGCAGAAAAUAAGAAGCCUUGUUAACAUGGCUUAGAUGGUAACCUGUGAUAGGCCAAUCGGCAUCAGAAUUCUUAUACUGGUUGAGCCAAGCGGAUCAUAGUGUUAAAGGUGCUAAUUUUCUUGUAACAAUGUGGAGACGUCUGUGUUGUGUUCAACGCAAGAGACUUUGUGGCCCCAGCCCUGAAAAAUAUAGAUUUGCAAGACCAAUGGCCUUGAUAACAUGUUAAUUUUUCUUUCCUUCCUUUCUUAAUUAUUCAGUGUAAAUCAGUACAUUGCAUCAAAACAUUUUGGCCUGACCUCACAUACAUAUGCAAGUCAAUGUUUGCAACCAGCAGUCAUCUUGAUUGACUUCAAUUCAACUUCAUGUUAAUCACAUUACAAAAA